AAUUAAUUUAAACAAUCAAUUUGCGUUUUCUGAUUGUUGUCGCUAAAAUGUUAUAAAAAUCGAUUGAAAGAUUAUACGAAAGGAGUCUUUUCCUUUUUCUAUUUGGUUAAAUGGUUCGCAUUCGAAAGCCGGUUGCAGUGAUAUGUGAUAUUGAAGGAACGACUACAUCAGUUCGUUUCUGGCAUGAAGUCAUUGCACCAUUUAUCAAGGAAAAUCUCGCAGCAUGUCUUCAGGAUACAUGGACUCAACCGGAAACUAUCGAUGUUGUUUUAGGAAUUCGCCAUAAAACUGCUGAAGACAUUCGAAAUGGUGAUAAAGAACUUCCACCAAUUCUUGAUGAAAAUUCACCGCGAAAAGAAAUGAUCGAUAGUAUCGUAAAAAAUGUUUGUUAUCAGAUGCAACAACGGAAACAAUCAAACGAAUUGAAGGCUGUUCAUUUAUUGGUUUGGUUAUAUGGCUAUCAAAAUGAACUGUUAAAAGGUCAUGUCUAUCCAGAUGUUCAACCAGCAUUUCAUCAUUGGAAAAAUGAUCUUGGAAUUCGUUUAUUCACAUUUGCAACAGGCGAUACUAUAGUGCAGAAAAUGCUUUUUGGAUGUUCAUUAAUGGGUAAUUUGAAUCCGUACAUUGAAGAUUUUUUCAAUUAUGACUCGGUGGGAAAAAAGACCGAUUCAGAAAGUUUUCGAAUCAUUUCAAAGCGUAUACAAAUUAAUUGUAAUAGCAUGGUAUUUCUAUCCGAUAAUUUGGCCGAAUUGAAGGCAUGUCAGGCGGCUGGCGUUACACCGAUAUUGGUUAUACGAUCGCAUAAUCGAGAUCUGUUGGAUUCUUCUAUUCAACAGUCCCUGCCAUACAAAUACAUAAAAACAUUUGAAGAAUUGGAAUUCUAUUGACAAUUGACAGAGAGAUCCUUUUGAAAAAAAAUGUUUUUUAUUUGAAAUUUUUGCUUUAGAAUUUUGUCAAUGAAAUAUACAAAAUUAUCAUUGC